AUGGUUAAAGUAACACCAAGUUGUCGUGUUGCAUUAAAAAAUGAUAGUUAUACAUUACAUAAAAUAUUACCAAAUAAAAUUGAUCCAUUAGUUAGUUUAAUGAUGGUAGAAAAAGUUUCCGAUUCUACCUAUGAAAUGGUUGGUGGUCUUGAUAAACAAAUAAAAGAAGUUAUUGAAUUAUCACUUAAACAUAAUCAGUCAACCGAAAAGUGUUUUACUCUAUGGUCCACCAUGUACUGUAAACAUGUACUAUCAAGUAUAUUUAUGGAUGAAAUUGAUUCAACACGUGUUCAAGGUAGUUCAGAUAGUGAUAGUGAAGUACAACGAACAAUGUUAGAAUUACUUAAUCAACUAGAUGAUUUUGAACCAAAACAAAAUAUAAAGUAA